GCCAUCUCCUCCAAACCGUGUCCCCACCGGGAUAGGUUGGACCGCAUUAUCCUUGCGGUGUCUCCUAGCCUGGCAUUCUGCGACCGAUUCUGAGCCGAUUGACCCAGCGCAGGAGAGGGGAAACCCCCGAGCCGGCGCAGACACCGCCUCGGUCCUCGACCCCCUCCGCCGGGUCCCGGGGGCCGCCGACCCCUCCCGGCCCCCCCUUUACGGGAAAGGGUCAGGUUCCCGAGCUACGGGAGGGAAACGAAAGCGAAAGAAGCAAUGGCGGAGAAGCAUCCGGACUCCUUUCCUUUGCUGGUGCGCGGAGACUGGGGUCCCAACCCGCCGCCCUCCGCCCUGAGGAAGAAACUAGUCUGCUACUUCCAGAAUCGGAAGCAAUCGGACGGCGGCGAGUGCGAGCUGCGGACCGGGACCGGGACCGGAGACGUCCUCCUCUGCUUUGUCCUUCCCGAGGUGAGGCAACGAGUUCUUGAGAAACAAUCUCAUAAGCUGUAUUGGGGAGGCAAAGAAAUCAAGUUGAUUGUCUCAGACCCUGAAAGACCACUAGCUGCUGAAAAGAACACACUUCAAGAAAAAUCAGUUCCCACAAAGGCUCCAGGUACCACAAGCAACAUUCAAGCAAAAGAUGAUGCAGAAGCCUUGCAGAAAGCAGAGGGUUCUGUUGUGAACAGUGCACUCCAUGAGGGAACUGGUACUGCAGAGAACGUCGCAGAAAAGUCCACAGAGGCAUCACCUUCAGUGGUGUUUGAAAACAUAACAAGAUGCAGUCCAGAAGAGUUAUGUAUCCUGUUGGAGAACAUCAGCAACCUGUCAGGAGAUGAUGACUUCACUGUGGAAGAGAUACAUGAAAUAAAUGCUGCUGUAGCUACUUUUAAAAAAAGUAUUGAUAUUGAAGAGUUUGUCAGAAAAUGUCGGCAACACAAAACAAUUAAGGAACAAAAAAUAACUGCCAGGAUUCUUGAACAGACCCAGAGCAUCAAAGCUGAAAACCUUCCAGACAGUGUUUCCAGAGGCUACAUCACCAUUUACUUUGAGAGUGCACGGAGUGGAGGGGGGAAAGUGUCAGAGGUCCAGCUAUUCCCUGAGGAGAACUCGGCCAUCGUUACUUUCCGUGAUCACAAAGACCUAAAUACUGUCUUGAAAAAGCAACAUGUACUGGAUGAGACAAAGAUUUCUGUGCACCCAUAUUACCACUCCCUGGGAGCAGCUCUCUAUGGAAAAGAAAGACCAACUAUUAAGAUGCCAGAUCCCAUUGAAGUGCCACUGGAUCAGUAUGUCUGGCAGUUUUUACAAAGGCAUGGCAAACUGAUCAAAGACAUAAACCAGGAAAUGGCAGUUUUCCAUUGCAACCUAAAAUGGCCAGAGGUGAACUGUUCACACCCAAAUAUUACCUUGUGCCCAUCGUUUUCUCUUUCCAAACAGAAAAAGCCAAUGAUUAAGUUGAUCAAGACAUGGAAGCAAGACGCUUCUAAUGCGUUCUCAUGUAUCAUGUCACGUUAUACAGCUAUAAAGUGCAGAGUAUAUUCAGUAAAUUGGGAAGACUUGAAAAAGAGAUUGGUGAAAGAUUUUACUCUGCUCAUAACUGAUGUUUCUGAGGGGUUGGUGGUGAUUGCAGGCAGCAGAGCUGAGGUGGAGAGUGCAGAGAAAAAAGUGAUAGAAUGCGUGGAAAAAGCCAUCAAGGAAAGUGAGAGGGAAAAACAAACCAUAGAAAUUUCUGUGCCAGUGCCACCAAGGAUGUAUGCCAUCCUCCAAAAUGCUGGGCAGGAAAAUAAUAUUCGCAAAGAAUAUUCGUCCAUAAAGAUCUUUUAUAGUGACACAGAAAAAGCUGUUCAGUUGCAUGGAUUACCUGCAGAAGUACAUAAAAUUGAAGCUGAAUUACUGAAAGCGGUAUACAGCAUACCACGUAAAACAGUGAAAAUUGAUCCCCAGGUUUUCCACUAUCUCCAGCGUCUAAAUACUGAAGCAAUGUCAGCAUUACUGUUCACCAGGAAAAAAAUUAAUGCAUCUUAUGUGCUUAGGGAUGAUAGUGUGCUGCUAUUUGGAGGUGCUGACAAAGAUCUUUCAGAAGCAGAACAGCAAAUAAAGACAGACUUAGAGUAUGUGUGCAUCGAUGUGGAGGAUGGUGAGGUCAUUAAAAAGGAGGAGUGGAGGACCCUUGUUUCUUCCUUGCUUAAGGUGGACAAUUCUUCCCAGGGAACUCUAGUCAUCGAUGAACCCAAUGGAAAACAAAAUAAAGUGAUUAUUGCUGGCAUUUCUGAGGCCGUAAAAAAUGCUCAUCAGAAACUUAGUAACUUUCUAGAUAGAAACAUAUAUGUGGAGAAAGUAAUCCCAGCUAAUUCAGCCAUGGUCGUGCAGUUUGUAGAGAAGAAAAAAUCCAGUUUUUACGUUGAAUUGAGGAAGAAGGGUGUGACAGUAGGCUUUGACACCAAGACACCAUGUAUCUCCCUGAGUGGACCAAGAACAGAAGUGCCAAAAGCAGUCACCUCGUUUGAAAAAAUCCUCUCAUCUCUUUACUUGAAAAAUGUGACAAAUGAUAAACCGGGAGCUAAAGAGUUAUUCAUAGAAAGGAAAGAUUUAUGUGUUCUUGAGGCAGAGCAGAAGUUUGGCUGUUUGAUUGAGCUGGAACAACAAGAAGUGCAACAACAGAAGGGCGGAAGAGUCGGUGACAAUGAAAAGCUCUACUGUGAGGAAGUGCUGCCAAACGGGGUGGUAGUAGCGGUGUAUAAAGGUAACUUGUGUAAUUACCCAGUUGAUGUUGUGGUAAAUGUAACUAAUGAAGACCUGCAACACCACAGUGGCCUUGCUGAGGCAAUGUCAGAAGCAGCUGGUCCAGAGCUACAGGAGGAAUGCAACGAGCUGGUGAGGAAGAACGGGAGCUUGAAGCCUGGGUGCACGGUUAUCACGGGCGCUGGGAAACUCCCCUGCAAGAAUGUCAUCCAUGCUGUUGGACCCAGGUGGAGGACACAGGAAGCAGAGAAAUGCUUGGACAUGUUAAAAGGGACAGUAAAGAACUGUCUAAAGCUAGCUGACACAUACAAUCAUCAUUCCAUUGCUCUGCCUGUUAUAAGUGGUGGGGUUUUUGGCUUCCCACUGCAAACGUGUGCACGUUCAAUCGUGUCCUCCAUCAAGGAGACCUUGGAUGGGUUCACGGAAGACAGCAGCUUGAAGAAGAUUCAUCUUGUGGAUGAUGUGGAAGAAGUAGUUCAGGUUCUGUGUGAGACAGUAAAAAAAGUGUUUACAGCUGGAUCAUCCUCCCCAAUACUGAUGGUGCCACGCUCAGAGAGUGAUGAGGUGACAGAAGGCCAGAAGGAGGAGGGAAAAGAGGAUCUGCAGAUGUUUAGAACAAAUGAAGGACUUUGCAUCUACGUAGAAGAGAAAAAGAUUCAGGAAGCCACGACGGAUGUUAUUGUCAACAGUGUUGGCUUAGAUCUGAUGUUUGGUGUGGGGCCUCUUUGCAAAGCCUUGCUGGAAAAGGCUGGAGUUGCACUCCAACAGGAGUUUAACCUAGAAAAAAGAACACACGCUGAUGGUCCAGGGAGUGUGAUCUGCACCACUGGAGGUGCUCUGGCCUGCAAGUAUGUGCUUCAUGCCAUCCUUCCUCCAUGGGAUGGAAGAGGAGGACAGGCCCUGGAGAGCCUACGCGAUGUAAUCCAUUUCUGCUUGAAGAGAAGUGAAGAAUUCGGACUUAAAUCAAUUGCUUUCCCAGCUAUUGGAACUGGAGGAUUUAAAUUUCCUAAAAACAUUGUUUCUAAGCUAAUGUUUGAUGUGGUAUUCAAGUUUAGUAGGAAUCAUACUCGGAAGAAUCUCCAGGAAGUUCAUUUUUUCUUGGAUCCAGAAGAUACAGAUAACAUUCAGGCUUUUACCAUUGAACUAGGACACAGGGUAGUUGAAAGUUGCAACGCUGCAUCACUACAGCCAAAAGCCAAAGUAUUUGGAGUUCAUGAAAUCCAGAUUGGUUCCAUUACACUCCAAGUAACUAAUGGAGAUAUUACUGAAGAAGAUACAGAGGUUAUUGUAAACAUAGCAGAUGGCAAAUUGAAUCUCACAAAAGGGGUCUCCAAAGCAAUUGUGGAGGCUGCUGGUUCCCAGGUGAAAGAUGAAUGUGCUCAGUAUGCUGGUCAGUCUCACAGCUACUUUAUUACUACACAAGGUGGAAAACUGCUGUGCAAUAAAAUCAUCCACUUGAUUUGCAACGACAACGUGAAGAAUCUCGUCUCCAAAGUGCUUAAUGAGUGUGAGCUAAGGAUGUACAAAUCCGUUGCCUUCCCAGCAAUUGGAACAGGUCAAGCAAAACUGAGUGCAAGAGAGGCAGCUGAUGACAUGCUGGAUGCUAUAGUGGAAUUUGCAAGAGAAAGACCUGUACAGCACCUAAAAAAAAUCAGAAUUAUCAUCUUCCAGACAACCAUGCUCAGAGACUUUUACACAAGCAUGAAGAAAAGAGAACAUUCAGGUCCAUCCACAAAAAAUCCACAGGCUCAGAUUAAAUCGGUUUUUUUGCGCAAAACCCAACCCACUAAGAAGGAAAAGCACUUGGCUCUGGAGAAGAAAAUUUACUUAGCCACGUUUCAGAUUUGUGGAGGAAGCAAACAAAAAGUGGAGGAAACUGAGGCCUGGAUAAAUAAAUUAAUUUCAAAUGAACAGAUUGCAAACAUCGUUUCAGAUGAGCUGAUUGAACAUUUUGAUGAGAGGCAAAUCAACGCCUUGGCAGAUCUCCAGAAAAAAAACCUUGUUACCAUUGAGCUUGAAAAUAAAUCUCCCACCCCUCAGAUUAAAAUUUCUGGCAUCAGCAAGGAUGUCUGUUUUGUUUCUGGGGAGGUGCAAAAAAUGAUCAAAAUAAUGAAAGAUACUAAAUUAGAAGAAUACAAGGCAGAACUGGUUUUUAACCAGGUAGAAUGGAGGUAUCUUGGAAGCAAUGACAGAUUUGUUGCUUUUGAUAAACUGACAAAUAUGCAGCUGGAGGAUGCCAAAAUAGCCAAAAAACCACAUCUUACUGUCAAAAUUGACAUGAAGAACUACCAGGUGGAUCUGAAAAGUCUACAGGCUAAUGAUGGCCAAGGAAAAACUAUAAGCAUUCAACGUGUGCCAAAGAAUGAAGGCCAGCAGUCAAUAGAGCUCCCUAUGGAGUGGGAAGACAUGAAAGAUGAAAGGGUUAAACUGGUACCUCUCCAGCCAUCAUCUCAGGAAUACCUGGAAGUUAAGAAAAAAUUUCAGAAAACCUGUCACAGCUUUGUCAUAAAGCAGAUUGAAAGAGUACAAAAUCCCUACCUUUGGAAGCAAUACCAAAUUAAAAAAAUAUCUAUCUCUAGAAGGAACAAAAAUGAAAAUAUUGAGAAGAUGCUAUUUCAUGGGACAACUUCAUCCUCACUGAGCAAGAUCAACUACAAAGGAUUUGAUCGUGGGUUUUCUGGAAAGAAUGCUGCAAGGUUUGGAAAAGGAACCUACUUUGCUCUUGAUGCAAUUUACUCUGCUAGGGAAACUUACUCCAAACCAGACAGCAACAACAGAAGAUACAUGUACUUGGCUCGGGUCCUCACUGGGAAGUACUGUGCUGCCAAGGGAGAACUCGUGGAGCCACCACCAAGAAACCCAGCAGAACCUUAUGACCUGUAUGACAGCGUGGUUGAUAACAUAGAGAAUCCAUCAAUGUUUGUCAUAUUUAGUGAUACUCAGGCAUAUCCUGAAUACCUUAUCACUUUCCAAAAAUAGAAUCUUCAUGAUAAUCUUGAAAAGUUUUAGCGCCUUUUACAGGUAGGAGUUAGGGCAAUUCUUGAUUCUUGCUCAUGGCUCAGUUUCUUAACCUUGUUAUUCUUUUAGCCAUGAGUUUCAAUAUGUCUUCAAAUUAUUAGCACAAUAAGGCCAGGAUAAGCCAAUGUUUUAGAACAUGCUAUCUUGAUACUUGGGUAUCAAAUUCAGUUAUGCAGGGGUGCAGGCAAGAUCUGUGAGAACAGCCCUGACCUCUUCCCACUCAGGGCAGAGGGAACUGGUGGGAGAGGGACCUGCUCUGCCUCAGCCCUGGCCUCAAGCAGGAGGUGUAGGGUAAGCCAGCACAUCUACCCAUGUGCCUAUUUCCAGUAUUCACCAUAAGGGGCUGGCUGCCUAUGAGGAUUUAUUUGUAAUGCUCUUGUUUGAAUACUCUCGAGAGCAGAAUUUCUGCUCAUUCUCAGGCAUCCACUCACCCUUGUUGGUGCUAAGAGUCCAACAGAAAGAAAAUGCAGUAUUAAACGUGCACUUUGCAUUCAGUGUUUCACCAUCCUUAUGCCUUUAGGGCAUACUCUGUUAGUUCUUAGGUAUAAAUUCAUAUAUUCACACCCAUUUCUUAGGGGCAUUUUCCAUGCUCCCUUGCAUUGCAUACAUCCAGCUUCCAUUUGUGAAGUCAUUGCUUUGGCAAUUUUAAAGACAGUAACAAGGCACUUUUAAUUUCUUCUUGUCAGUAUUGAAGCAUUAAUUCUUCUGCAGAAUUACUGAUUUGCAGAGUAUUAUCUACAGUGAUCAUGCUAAAACCAUUUGAAAGUUUUUAAAGUUCUAUGAAGUAAGUAAUUAAUGGCAUUUUCACACUGUAACCAUAUAAACCAGAUAUAAACCAUAUAUCCAUCCUUUUAAUAAAAGCAGUUUCACACAGGUAUGUUGUAUUACAGAGUUGUUGUGUACACAAAAGAACACACUUGAAGUAGAAGUGUUGCUUCACAUUUGAGUUUUUUAAUGUUACAGUGAUGGUAUAAUGUGAAGCUGAAAAGACUUCUAAAGUCUAAACAGAAUUUUUUUCUUCUGUUGUCUGUGUGACAGAUUUGUGCAUACAGACUCCAGGUGAAAUUGUUCUGCUAUAGCCCAAAUUAGACCUGUGCUGCAAAUAGCUGACAGGAUGUCUUAAAACCCUGUUGUGACAUUCCCAGUGCUUGCAAAGGGAAAAAGUGCUUUUAGUGUCUGUAGGUAUUUAGGCAACAUAAAAAAAUUCUGCCCUUCACAGCAGAUGCCCCUGCAACAAAACAGAUAAGCAGCCUUUAAAAGACUUUUCUUCCCUGUGAAAAGGUAAGGAUUUUUCUCCCUGGUGGUGGCAGUGGUGGGACUUUCUUUACUAGUUCGUGUACUUGGGUGUGAGGAACCUGAUGGAGGUCCAGCUGACCUCUUAGGUUGCUCUGCAGGAGCCAGUGCCAAGUCACCUUUGCAAACCCUAUCCUAUCCAAAUCCUUAUUAGCAUUUUGAAAGGGAUUCCUGGAGAGGAAGGAGACAGAUAGAGUCUGCAUAAGGCCUAGGGUUGGAGAGCAAAGUGGAUGGAGGUCUGCUCCAGUUGUUCAAUCUGAUACGUCUCAACCAUGCUGAAAUAUGAGGGGCUGCAUUGGUGGGCUUGGGGAAUCUAAUCAACAUCAUCUAAUCAGUCUGGCUCAGUGCUUGGGUUCAGGACUGGUGAUUUUUUCUCUCUCACCCUCUUUCCUGUUCUGUCUCUGAACUGACUGGGACACCUCCAGCUUCCUGCUGGUAACAGGCAACUGAGUAACUGAUGCUUAUGACCCCUUUCCUCCUGGGGAGGAAAGCUGGAAAAAUGAGUUUUCCCUCUCCUUGGGCCAACAAAGGAGCAAUGAAUCAUUUGCCUGGAAUGGUGGGAAUUUAGCGUUAUAUAAACAACAAUGAAAUUCCACUUUGAUGGACCCACCAUCCCGCAUCAAGCCCUGUCCAGAAUCAAAACACCAUCUUGAGCAAGAAACCUUCAUUGGACACCUUUGGACCCAUGGUGGUGACCCUCUCAAACUCCUUCAUUCUUUUAUUUCUUUCUCACUUUCUUACUUUUUCUCUCCCAUCUCUUUCUGUCUCUCUCUCUUUUCUUUGUAUCUUCUCCUUUUCUCUCUCUCUUUUGACUAAAAAUUUAUUAUCCAUACCUUCAUGGGGUUAUAUCACUUUGCUUGUGCUAGUUGUCAAAUAAAACUUUAUGGUUGCACCUGA